AUGUCCUUUGAACCAAUGUAUAUUCUGCUCUGCACUUUUUGCAUCAACGGACUUUACGGGACAGCAGGUUUCUAUCCCAAAUUUCUGUGGGAUCUGCUCUCUCCUGUUCAUGUCAUCUCUUACUCUGGAUGCCUCGUUCAAGCUCAAGUGAUGUACUCUUUUGCCUGUGGUGAUCUCUCUAUUCUUGCCGUCAUGGCAUAUGACAGAUAUGUGGCCAUAUGUCGACCUCUAGAGUACCACUGUGUCAUGUCCAGGCAAAGGGUUUUAAAGUUAGUGUGUUUCUCUUGGUUAACACCGUUCUGUAUUAUAGGCACAAACAUUUCUCUGACAGCACGGCUGAAGUUGUGCAGCCCUUAUAUUCCCAGACUCUUUUGUGUGAACUGGAUUAUUGUCUCCCUUGCUUGUUUCCCAGCCGAAGUUGUUGUUAGCAGUAUAGUUGCAUACAUCACAAUACUCAUUUAUGUAUUUCAUGGUGUUUUCAUUGUUUGGUCCUACAUGUACCUCAUCAAAACCUGUGUGCAUUCUGCAGAAAACAGGGCAAAGUUCAUGCAGACGUGUGUGCCACAUUUGGUCUCCUUAACAACUUUUCUUUUGACAAUUCUCUUUGAUGUUAUGAAUAUGCGAUUUGCCUCAACAAAAUUACCUCAAACUCUCCAAAAUGUUCUUGCAAUAGAGUUUCUUGUCAUUCCUCCGCUCAUGAAUCCUCUCAUCUAUGGUUUCAAAUUGACCAAAAUUCGAAACAUAAUUCUGGGACAUGUUACUCGUAGAAAAAGAGUAAACUUUUAGUUCUGUAGGUGACGCAAAAUCUAAAUUCUGCUUCUGAAAUUGUUUCUUGUAAAUAUCUAAACUGCUGUUUGUUUUUCUGAAGUACGCUGCAUGUUAACAUUGAGUAUUGAAUAAUAUUUUUGGUGUGCUUUAAUAGAGUGAUUGUCGACCUAAGGCCUUCACAGGUUUCAGGAGAUCAUCUCUGGGGGUGUGAUGAUUAUAAAAAAAUUAUACAUACAUGAACUGGGAGCUGUUUUGCAUAAAUUGUACCAGUGAUAAGAUGUUGCU